UCGUUUUUACCCCAAAUGCAGCGACUAUCCCCUGCUAACAGCGGGAGCCACAACGGUCAGUAUGGGAAAUCCCUGAGCAAGUAUAUUCGACAUUAUGAAGGCCUGUCCUACGACACCGACGUCUUACACAGCAAGCACCAGAGGGCUAAGAGAGCUCUGUCUCACCAGGACCAGUUCCUGCACCUGGACUUCCACGCUCACGGCAGGCAUUUUAACCUACGGAUGAAGAGGGACACCUCUCUCUUCGCUCCCGAUCUGAAGGUGGAAGUUUCUGGAGAAGAGAUUCCCUAUGACACCUCUCACAUUUACACUGGAGAAAUUUAUGGUGAGAAGGGCACUCUGACCCAUGGCUCUAUCGUGGAUGGGAAAUUUGAGGGUUUCAUUAAGAGCCAUAAGGGCACAUACUACGUAGAACCCUCAGAGAGAUACCUCAAAGACCAAAAUGUGCCCUACCACUCAGUCAUCUACCAUGAGGAUGAUAUCGAUUAUCCUCAUAAAUAUGGAGCAGAAGGUGGCUGUGCAGAUCACUCUGUUUUUGAGAGGAUGAAGAAAUACCAGGCAUCUGCAGUGGAGGAGCCCACCCAGCAUAUGAACCACGUGAUUGACGAAGAGUUGGCUGAUGGACCGGUGAUCCUGAGGAAACGUCGUGCAGCACAGGCAGAGAAAAAUACCUGUCAGCUCUUCAUCCAGACGGAUCACCUCUUUCACAAAUACUACGGCAGCAGGGAGGCUGUGAUCGCACAGAUUUCCAGUCAUGUGAAGGCCAUUGACUCCAUCUAUCAAAGCACAGAUUUUAAGGGCAUCCGCAACAUUAGCUUCAUGGUGAAGAGAAUCAAGAUCAACACUACCGAAGAUGAGAAGGAUGCUUCUAACCCUUUUCGAUUUGCCAACAUUGGUGUGGAGAAAUUUCUUGAACUCAACUCGGAGCAGAAUCACGAUGACUACUGUCUAGCCUAUGUCUUCACAGAUAGAGACUUUGAUGAUGGAGUCCUGGGUCUGGCCUGGGUCGGGGCUCCUACAGGCAGCUCUGGUGGAAUCUGUGAAAAGAAUAAACAGUACUCCGAUGGGAAGAGGAAGUCUCUGAACACUGGCAUCAUCACAGUGCAAAACUAUGCUUCACAUGUUCCCUCUAAAGUCUCCCACAUCACCUUCGCUCAUGAGGUCGGACAUAACUUCGGCUCUCCGCAUGACUCAGGAAGUGAUUGCACUCCAGGAGAGUCUAAGACUCAGGACCAGAAAGAAAAAGGCAACUACAUCAUGUAUGCCAGAGCCACAUCAGGAGACAAGUUCAACAACAACAAGUUCUCCAUCUGCAGCAUUCGCAACAUCAGCCAAGUGCUGGAUAAGAAAAGAUACCUCUGCUUUGUUGAAUCUGGACAGCCCAUCUGUGGUAAUGGUAUGGUUGAGGCUAAUGAACAGUGUGACUGUGGCUAUAGCGAUCAGUGCAAGGACAAAUGCUGCUAUGAUGCCAGUGCGCCAGAGGGACUGAAGUGUAAACUGAAGCCAGACACUCUAUGCAGUCCUAGUCAGGGUCCAUGCUGCACACCAGAGUGCACCUUUAAGUACAGCGAUGUGAAAUGCAGGGAGGAGUCUGAGUGUGCUCUUAAGGGCAUGUGCAGUGGAAACUCUGCCCAGUGCCCCACCUCAACACCUAAAGAAAACUUUACAUCCUGCCACACAAAUAGCCAAGUCUGCCUUAAUGGGGUUUGCUCUGGCUCUAUCUGUCAGAAGUAUGGUCUAGAUGUUUGCACUUGUGCCACUGAGGAGGGGAAAGAUGACACAGAGCUGUGUCAUGUGUGCUGUAUGGCAAAGGGUCAGCCCAACACUUGCAGCAGCACUAGCUCAGAGAGAUGGGUUCAGUACUUUAACAAAAAGGUCACCACGUUACAGCCUGGCUCUCCUUGUAAUGACUUCAAAGGUUACUGCGAUGUCUUUAUGAAGUGUAGGCUGGUGGAUGCUGAUGGCCCUCUGGCAAGGCUUAAGAAGGCCAUUUUCAACCCUGAGCUUUACACAAGCAUUGCAGAGUGGAUAGUGGAGCAUUGGUGGGCGGUUCUUCUAAUGGGCAUUGCUCUCAUCAUGCUAAUGGCUGGGUUUAUCAAGAUCUGCAGUGUGCACACACCUAGCAGCAACCCUAAAUUGCCCCCACCCAGACCACUGCCAGGCACACUGAAGAGAAAAAGAAAUCCCGCUGCACAGACCCAGCCACAGCACCAUCGCCAGCAGAGAGAGAACUAUCAGAUGGGCCAGAUGCGACACUGAGAAGUCCUCCUCAUUGCCUUGGUUCUUUCUAGUGCCUACAGUGGGAAACACUUCACUCCAAAGAGUUAGCUGAAUCAAUCAAUGAAGCCCCAUUAACAAUCUAAGAAACUGGCAAAUAAAAGGACUUCAAAGGACUAUACUUAAGAAAACAACAGUUUUAAAGAUUAAGAAACCACUGCUCUGGGAGCCAGCAAAGCUUUCGUUGCGUAGCUCAGAGAAAAAAUUCAGAAGCUAGUCAUGAGGAAGAGGACAGAAUCAAUUAAUCAAUUUUUUUUUCUGCUUUUCAUAUUUUUUCUCAAGUUAUUAAACCAUUAUUCUCUCCACUAAAUAUUUUUUCCCCUCUAAUGCCUUUUUAUCUUUUUUUUAUAUUAUCUUCUUUUUUUGGAUUGCCACCCUCCUGUGGAGAUAAGCAUGAUGGGAUGUCACAUAAAUAUUUCUGCCAAUCAACAAUGGCUGAGAGAACUCUUUAAAGAGACUCGUUUUCCAAUAUGUA